GGUGCCGCCGAGUGUCCCGGUGCCGCCAGCUCCAUCCCGUCCUGUGCCCGCACUCGGUGUCCCGGCUGUACCGAGUGUCCCGGUGCCGCAGCAGCGGCGGCUCCAUCCCGUCCUGUGCCCGCACUCGGUGUCCCGGCUCUACCGAGUGUCCCGGUGCCGCAGCAGCGGCGGCUCCAUCCCGUCCGCAGCUCCAUCCCGCCGCCGCCUCGCCGCUGACACGCGGUAAAGUACUUAAACUCAUUCUCGCUGCCUUUAUCCAGCGCUCGCGGUGUCGGCGUGCUGCUGUCCGCGCUUCUCUCUCUCCGCCGGGAAGUUUGCGGUCCCCGCUUUUCCCCGGCUCCGCUUCAGGGAGCCGCUCGGAGCCGUCAGGUUGUGGUGGAAACUUUGGGGUGGUGGUGGUGGUGGUGGAGCGGUUCUGGCAGCGUUGGAAAGGUGAUUUUUGUAAAUCCAAAGUAGCUCGUACGUGGUAAAUUGAUACUAGCAAAACAAGUACUACCCUGACGGAAUUUGCCAGGUUUAACGUGUAUAUGAAGAAACCGAAGAGCUUGUACUCUUUCAGUGUGAAAGCACGUCUUUUUUUCCGAGAUGAGAAUCAAUGACAAUUUCAGUGGAAUGAUUCUAGACUCUCUAAACACAACUGGGAGAGCUUGUUUAACUGUGAGGGUGCUGAGGCUCGGAGGGCAGGAGAUCUGUCUCUCACAUUAAACAGGUGAGGAAUACUUUGCAAGAACUCCUUCAUUCCUAUCAGGCAUUCAUGACACUGCUGCCUGUGUUUAUUUGUUAUAACGUCGAUGGGCUCUUUGCCCCUCAGUGCUGUGAUUAGACUAUUAGAUUCAGAACUAGGAUUUCAUACUAUGAGGUGCCUGGUGCUAUUUUCUCUCAGAGUACUUUCCAGGACAAUGUUACUGUUUGGAAACAAAGCUAAACACUUUCUAAAUAGCAAAGUGCAGGAAUAUAAUUUGCACAAGAAUAAGAUGAAUUUGUGGGUGAUUUUACAGACCAGCCCAUGAUUCAGUGUCACACACUGAGUUCCAUAAGUUCCUCGUUCCUCAGAAUGCUUUAAAGCUUGAAGCUGCUUUCAAAGUUUACCUUCACAGGUGAGAGGCACCUGCGUGAGUCCUGGUAGCCUGGGAACUCAUGGAGUGCUUCUGACAUAGCAGUUCAUUACAUUUAGGAAUGUUGUAGAGUCUCAAUCUGUUCAGCACCGAUCUGCGAUCAAUUAUCCCAUAAAUCACUCUUUUAGGGAAUCUGCUUGGCCGGUGGUCUUUCACUUCAAAAAAGCCAGGUGUGGGGUUUUUGGAGCAGGUUGUAGCCAGACCAGGUGUGAUAUGAUUAGCGGAUGAAGCUGUGGCUCUCAUCCAGCACUCGGAGUGUGUUCUGCAUUAUGUUGUUCCGGCUGUGAACCUUUAACACUGUCUUUUGAUUGUACAGCAUCUGAUUCUGAAGUAUUCCUGUGCUUCUCUUCUGCAUUUCACGAAUCUUCUCUUCACUUUUCUCUGCACAGAAACGUCUCAGGCUUUCUCCAGGCAAGUUCAUACCUGCCAGCUCCAUGCACUCCUAACUUUCCAACUUCAACUAUAGUCUUAGGUCAGCCUUCCAGCCCCUCAGACCAGCAGUCCUGUGGAAGUCGGUGGAAACAGUGAAUUUCAGCAACAGGAGGGGUUAGAUGAGAUAUCACAAAAGCAGCCUCACCUUCAGCCCUGACCUGCUGCUCCACUUCAGAGCUGAUACUGUCUGCUCAGGCAGAGGGCUGUGUGAAGGACAGUCAAGAAGUAAGAAGCCCGGCGCGGCUGUGAGGCCUGGGCAGAGCAGGAGGAUGGAGGCCGCGGACGUGCCGCCCGAGGGUUACUCGCUGAUCAAGGCGGUGUACCAGCGGCGGCUGCGCCUGACGCGGCUGCUGAUCGACGGCGGGGCCUACGUCAACGAGAGCAACAGCCGCGGCCAGACGCCGCUGAUGGUGGCCUGCAUGACCCCGCACGCCGACCUGCAGAGCGCCAGCAAGGCCAGGAUGGUCAAGUACCUGCUGGACAACAAGGCCGACCCCAACAUCCAGGACAAGUCUGGGAAGACGGCGCUGAUGCACGCCUGCCUGGAGAAGGCCGGGCCCGAGGUGGUGUCCCUGCUGCUGAUGAGCGGCGCCGACCCCAGCCUGCCCGACCACUCCAACCGCUCCGCGCUGGUGUACGCCAUCAACGCCGCCGACAGAGACACCCUGGAGCUGCUGCUCAAGGCCUGCAAGGCGCGAGGGAAAGAAGUCAUCAUCAUCACCACAGACAAGUCCGCCUCAGGCAGGCAGAAAACGAAGCAGUACCUGAACGUGCCUCCUCCAGACCUGGCGGAAUGCACCUCCCUGGCUGAUUGCGCCUCCCUGUCAGACAUAGAACCAAACGAGGGUCCAGAAGACCCUUUCAGCUUUAAAGAGCUGUAUGGUGGGCAACAGGGGGACAGCUCAUCUGAAAGAGUGCCUCUAAUGAGCAAAUCCAGCUCCACACCAGCACGGUUCAAGCUGACGCAGGUGCUGCAGUGUGAUCCGUGGCUGAAGUGCUGUCCAGCAGUGUUUCAGCAGAGGAAAAUUGCUUCUCCACAAGAACUUCAGUGUAUCAGUCCCAUGGAAGAGCUCUCCUGUAAAGUCACCGGCCUCGACUUGUGCAAGAGUGUCACCACCGGUCACAAAAGCAGAGACAGGAAGGACACUGCUCAGGUGCUGAAAACCCCUGAUCAAACCAUGUCAAGGAAAGCACUGCGUGAUGCAGUAAACUAUCAGACUCCUCUUGUUGAAGAGAAACAUAACCCCAGUGAGAUUCCCAUGGGCAUGGAUGCCAGUUUGGGACAAAUCAGCUUACUUUCAAACCUUGGUAGUAUUCUCAAGAAAGGAAGUGGAGAACCAAAUUACAACAUCUCCAGUUCUCAGUUAACUAACACUCUAGUUCCUGCUGCUGAUACCAAAGGUAGUAAGUCACCAAAAGGAAAUAAAGAGAUUCUGCCCACAUACCAGACUUUGUUACCAAGUCCAAGAAGAGUUCUGGAGAUGUCUCCUGUUUCUCCAAGAGGCAGCAAUCAGGCUCCUCUAGAGGAAGAGGGCUCAGGAGCCCUAGUGUUGGAUCAGAUGAGGCCAGGCUUCCUGCCUCCGCUGAAUGGGAGCCCCCGCCCCCCAGUCCCAGAGCUCACUGUCAUAAACACAGUUUCUGGAAUGAUUUCUUACGGACAAACUCACUUGGUACCACCAGGAUCUGCCUUCCCUAAGGGGACCAAAGAGACAAAUCUGCUGCGGAGGAGGCCGUACGAGCAGAUCACAGUCUGAGCAGAUUCAGCAGCUACUGAAUCAUUAACAGGAGAGCAAAGGGGAUCUUUACAAUAUGUAAAUAUUCACUGCAGUCCUUGACUGUAAUGGUAUGUAUCACAAAAUAGAGCAGGCCUGUGAUGUAAAGUAAUGUCUGCCUCAGGAUGAGUGGGAUAGC